CCCCCCAUGGUCACGUAGCCAGCUGAGUCCCAGCGAAGAGCCACAGUCACAGCUAGUCACAGCUAAUCAAAUUGCAAAACAAGAGAAGACGUUGAUGCAGAUGAGCUCAGAGCUGCGGAAGGUGCGCUCGCGCGACGCGGCGCGCUGUCGGCGUAGCCAGGAGACGGAGGUGUUCUACGAGCUGGCCCACAGCCUGCCCCUGCCGCGGCGCAUCACCUCACACCUGGACAAGGCUGCCAUCAUGCGCGUGGUGCUCAGCUACCUGCGCAUGCAACGCAUUCUGGCCACAGACGAGGCCGGAGCGGCGGAGCAGAAGGAGAGUGAAGAGGAGGAGGCCCCUGAUGAGCUGUACCAGCACGCCAUCGACGGCUUCAUCAUGGUGAUGACUGAGGACGGCGACAUGAUCUUCCUGUCCGACAGCGUCAACAAGCACCUCGGGAUCACUCAGCUGGAGCUGCUGGGCCAGAGUGCUUACGACUUUGUCCACCCCUGUGACCAAGAGGAGCUACGGGACCUACUGUCCCUCAGACCAGCCUUUCUGAAGAAGAGCCGGAGUUUGAGGCUGACGGAGCGCAGCUUCUUCCUGAGGAUGAAGAGCACGCUGACCAGCCGAGGAAGAACGGUCAACAUCAAGUCUGCCUCUUGGAAGGUCCUCCACUGCACGGGGCACCUGCAGCCCUUCAGGGCCCAGGGCGCCACAGCGCCCCCUAUGGGCGGCUACCUGACACUGCUGUGUGAGCCCAUUCCUCACCCGUCCAGCGUGGAGUUCCCUCUGGACUGCAGCACCUUCCUCACGCGCCACAACAUGGACCUCGGCUUCACCCAGUGCGACGGCAGGGUCACAGAGCUUGUGGGCUACGAACCGGAGGACCUGAUUGGCCGAUCAGUGUUUGAGUACUAUCAUGCUUUGGACUUCGAUCAUGUGACCAAGAGCCUUCACAUAUUGCUGUCCAAGGGCCAGGUGUCCACCAGACACUAUCGCUUCCUGGCCAAGAACGGGGGCUUUGUGUGGGCUGAGACCAAAGCCACGGUCAUCUACAACAGCAAGACUUCUCAGCCGGAGGCCGUGGUCUGCCUCAACUUUAUCCUCAGUGGGGUGGAGCAGGCAGAGGUGGUGUUCUCGGCGGAGCAGACUCGCUCCACGGUGUGCUCUGCUCUGCCGGCGGAGGUGGAGGUGGAGGUGGAGGUGGCGGAGAUGGAAAAGGAGUCGCUCAGUGAUGGCAAAGCCUCCUCCUCCUCCUCCUCCUCCUCCUCCUCCUCUUCAUCCUCCUCAGGAGAGCUGUUCCUCCGGCUGAAGGAGAACCCUGAGGAGCUGCUGCAGCUGGCCCCAGCACCCGGGGACACCAUCGUCCCCCUCACAGACUCUGCUGACCUGUCUUUCUACCGCUCGGAGGCGCCGGACUCACUCCCCGACUUCCCCGAGCAGCUCUGCAGCCCUGAGCUCCGCCAGCUCCUCUCCCCCAUCUUCGACCAGCCCAUGUCUCCAGCGUCGACUCUUAGUCCGGUUAGUGAGGGGCCCAUGGACACUGGCAAGGUGGAGCGGUUCUUCGCCAUCAAACCGGACAGUGAAUGUGGAGAGAAGAACACUGAGAUUAUGGACGAGAUGGAUCUGGACAUGCUGGCCCCAUACAUCUCCAUGGACGAUGACUUCCAGCUCACGGCUCUGACCCACUUCACCGAGGCAGACCAUCUCACCCUGGCCCCCCCAGACCUCGGCUCCACCCCCCCAGCACCAUCCAGGAAGAGGUUAGCCACAGAGCUGUAAUGGAAGAAGAUGUUUACACUGAGGGGCCAGCCCAGUAUGCUGGCACCAGCAAUUCUUCUUGUGGUGUUUGAAUAACCUAGUUUGUUAGUCUGCAGUCGGGCUGUGCUGAAACAGUCUGCAGAGCCAGAUAUAGCCAGGUGGGCUGAUACGGUGUUUAGCGUGUUUAAGUUUGUAUUUGCUUUAAUAAUUUAUUUAUUGUAUUAAGCGUACCACAGUUAUAUCAAACUGCACCUACCACUCAUGCAUGCCUCCAUUCUCUCUUCCACUAAACGUAACCAUGGCCCCCAGAGCUGUAGCACAUUUCCCAGAAUGCCAUUGAACGGUUAUGAUCGGAAACAUACAGACUGAGAUCAUUUCGAGCACUCUUUCAUAUUUGCGGUGGUGGUUGCCUAGUGACAGUUUCAGG